AUGCGACUCAACGCUCGCACUUCUUUUGUUGUCACAGCUCACGCUCUCUCCGUCGUUCAUGGCCUCUCUAUACCGCUUGUCGACGGUGAUCUUACUUCGUUAUUAGGGGGCAUUGGUGUUUCGGUACUAAACCCCAUCCUAUCUUCUGUUCAGGCAGUACUCUCAGGCCAAGGGCUUGUGCAAGGUGUUUUGGGCGCUGUCGAAGGUGCCCUUGGAAAGGAAGCCUCGUAUGAUUAUGUCGUAGUUGGAGGUGGCACGGCUGGCAACGCCAUCGGCUACCGACUUGCAGAAGCCGGACACUCAGUUGCCAUCAUCGAAGCCGGGAUCAACUAUGAGAUUGCUAAGCCGGUGUUGGGAACGACGCCGGGCGGCGAUAUCAUCGGCAUCGGGUCUAGCAUCUUGGACACCAUCCCCACGGUCGACUGGGCGUUUCUCACAGAGCCACAAACUGGUGCCAACAACCGUAAAGUUCACUAUGCUCGUGGAAAGUGCUUGGGUGGCAGCUCGGCAUUGAAUUUCAUGAUUCACCACCGAGGCAGUAAGAGCAGCUACGACAUGUGGGCUGAAGAGGUUGGCGAUGACAGCUACAGAUUCGAAGAGCUCCUCCCUUACUUCGAGAAAUCGACCAACUUCACUCCUCCUGACAUCACGAAGCGCCGGGCCAACGCCUCGACCCAGUACGACCCCGACGCCUUCAGCAAGCCCGGAGGUCCCGUUCAAGUCGGCUACACCAACUGGGUAUCAGUCUGGUCGACCUGGUUGGAGAAAGGUAUGCAGGCCAUUGGUAUGGAACGCACCACCAGCUUCAGCAGCGGCAGCCUGCUGGGAUACCACUACUCGCAGUCCACAAUUCGCGGAUCGGACCAAACCCGCAGCUCCUCUGCUGAAUACAUCUACAAGGCUGUCGACGAGAACCUGAAAAGCCUCAAGGUAUACACUCAGACUCUGGCCAAGCGCAUUGUCAUAGGCGAGGACAAGGUCGCGACUGGCGUCGAGGUGAAUUCUCUGGGUAUCGACUAUACCAUCCACGCAAAUAAGGAGGUGAUUGUUUCCGCCGGAACCUUCCAGUCUCCGCAGCUUCUGAUGGUCUCGGGCAUCGGUCCUCGUGCCACGUUGGCCGAGAACAACAUUCCUCUGAAAGUCGAUCUUCCGGGUGUUGGACAGAACAUGUGGGAUCACAUCAUGUUCGGUCCCGCUUACGAGGUCAACUUCGACACUCUCGACCGCGUCCUCCAUGACCCCGUUGUCCUCGCCGACUCCCUUGUUGACUACGUCGCUGACGGUACUGGUCCUCUGUCCUCCAACGUUGUCGAGUUCAUCGGCUGGGAGAAGCUGCCACAGAAGUACCGCGACACCUGGUCUGCUGAAACCCGUGAAGCCUUGUCCCAAUUCCCGGAUGACUGGCCCGAGGUCGAGCACAUCAGUGGCAACGGCUACAUCGGAGACUUCCGCUUCCCGGCUCUUCAACAACCCCUUGACGGCAAGCAAUACGCAACGAUCUUGGGAGCGAUGGUGGCGCCCGUCAGCCGAGGCAACGUCACGAUCAAGUCUGCCGACACGGCGGUGCUGCCGCUCGUCAACCCCAACUGGCUAUCCGCCAAGGCCGAUCAGGAGGUUGCCAUUAGCUGGUGGCGACGCAUGCGUGAGGUAUGGAACACUGACGUCGUGCAAGAAAUCGUCAUUGGCGAUGAGUACUGGCCCGGCUUGGACAAGGAUACCGAUGAGGAAAUUCUUGCUGUUAUCCAGGACAGUCUUAUGACGGUAUGGCACGCUGCUGGCACCUGCAAGAUGGGCAAGAAGAGCGAUGAGAUGGCGGUCCUUGAUAACGAGGCGAAGGUGUUCGGCGUUCAGGGGUUGCGAGUUGUUGAUGCAUCAAGCUUUCCUAUUCUGCCACCAGGUCACCCCCAAAGCACCAUCUAUGCCCUGGCGGAGAAGAUUGCUGCCGAAAUAAUAGGGGCAUAG